GCCGGCUUUCGUUUUGUCGGGCGCCGGCAAUUCGCAAAUCGGACCACGCGCCCGCCAUUUUGUAUUACUAGCGUUUGUGGAUAGGUGUUGGACGUGCUCUUGCUUUGUGUGAACUUAUGAAAUUAUUGAAUUAAUAGAUCGUAACGCAAACAAAUCAUCAAAAUGGUAGCGCAAACCAAAGUGUUUGUGGGGAGCUUGCCCCAGGGCUCAAAACCGGAGGACUUGAGGAAGCUGUUCGAAAGGUUUGGAGCCGUGACCGAAUGCGACAUAAUGAACAGAUGCGGAUUUGUUCACAUGCAAACCGAAGACCAAGCGUCUGCAGCCAUUCGCGCCUUACACAAUACCACUUUCAAUGGUGGCGUCAUCGCCGUGGAGCGAGGAAGGAUCAAGGAGCGCGGCCAGCGAGGUGGCGGGGGUGGCGGCCGCGGUGGAAUGCGAGGGGGUAUGAGGGACCGACGCGGAGGAGGGCCCAUGCGCGGAGGACCUCCGAGGGAUGCGCCUUACCCCAUGAGGGACUCGCGGCCGAUGGGACCCAUGCGCGGCGGAGACAUGAGAGGUCCACCCAUGGGUGGGAUGGCCAUGAGAAACGGUAUGGGUGGCGGAGCGCCCUACGACCGGGGCAUGGAUCGGGCGCCGAUGCCUGGCUACGAUGACAGAUACAACGGCUACGGUGAAGACAGACGCGGUUUCGCGCUGAUGGACGGUCGCGGAGCGAGAGACCAGUAUGGAGCACCUCCUCCAAUGUACCCUGACGACAGGCGAGGCUACGGAGCCGUGGAUGAAAUGGCGCCGAUGUAUCCCGACGAUAGACGUGCGCCGCCCAUGUACCCCGACGAAAGGGACAUGAUGGACAGGCGGGGAGGUAUGCGAGGUGGACCCAUGCCCAUGGCUUCAGGAUAUGAUAGAGCACCACCAAGGCCCGCACCUAUGGGCAAUGGAGAUAUGUAUAGCCGAAGAACUCCUCCACCAAUGCGUGGUGGUGGGGCAGCCGGAGGAUAUGACCGGGAUCCUUAUGCUCAACAAUAUGCGCCUAUGGGCCGCUACGCACAAACGCAACGUUAUCCGUAAGAGUAGGCGAUGCGGUGCGGCGCGCGCGUUAAAGCUAAGCGGCGUUUUGUGUUUAGCGCGUGUGCGGGCGGCGGCGGCGCAGGCGCAGGGCGCGGGCCGCGCACCAACAAAAACUGUAUAGCGCUCGUCUAGCGCCUUCAGCGACACUAGCGCCGCUUCCUUCCACGAGUCGCACUCACUCGCACUCGCUCCACGGCACCCUCGGAUACCGUACCGAAUCAUGUAAAUCUCGAUCGACGAGCCAGUAGAUGGCGCUACUCCGCUGCUGCAUGUCGUAUUUCCAAGUAACUACAUAGAACGAUUACGGACUUUUGUAACGCCCUAACACAUUAUGUAUUUCAAUCCCUGUAUAUUAGACUGCGCCACUUCCAUAUUUUGUGAACAGACUGACAGAAUAAGUGAAUAACGCCAUCUAGUGAUUUUUAUUAUUAUUUGUGGUAUUAAAUCUAUUUAAAUCGGCAAUCAAAUCUGUACGUGACGCGCCUCGCGCUUGAGCGAUAAUCUUGAAUUGUAUAAGGUAUUAAGAUAUAAGAUUUAGAUUAAACAAUUUGUUUUAAA